AUGGCUGCUAUAGACGAACCAACUGUUUCUCCUCGUCAAUUCCAUCAUCGCCGAUUUGCCAAUUUACAACCGUUAUCACCUCGUGUGCCAUCGUCAAUUGAACGUCAUUUCGAGCAAUAUCUUAUUGAUCAUCAUCAUUAUCCAAAGCUACCGUCGAUUUCAAAGAAACCUAAUCGACAAUCAUUGGAAAAUUCCUGUACCAGUGAUCAAGACCUUCUAUCCUAUCAUGAUCGACAAAUCUCAUCGGAAUUCGGACAAAAUACCGGUCCCAUAAGUCGUUUAAUAAGUACUGAACAAUAUAGACGAGCUCAAUCGCGUUUAGUCGAAUAUCGGCAACAUAGUAAAAUCCCUGGAGUUACGUUACCUGGAACGAAAAAUUCUAAUGAAAAAUCUCCGAUAAAUUUAAUUGGAAGAACUGACUUAAAAAUCCCGUUAAAAGAGGUUUUGCCUGACACAACAAGAGGAAAACAAUUUUAUCAACAAGACGAAUUCGAUUUUGUCGACGAUGAUUCUGUAGCGAGCAACGGAACUGAUCGUCGACGACGAGCUAAACAUUGGAUAAAAGACCAUCAGUUUUUUUUCACUGAAUAUCAAUAA